AUGGCACCAUCACUCGAGGAACCCGUCGGUACUGCUGAGCCUCUCGAAGUGCCAGCAAAAGCAGCGGGCGCACCAAACAAAUUCAACUACGAACCAGGGCGGACGGUCGUAGAGAACCACGACAAUUACGCCCACGAGGACCUUCUACCGUCGUUCCCAGACCUCCACUGGGAACCCCUAGGCCCAAUUCCUUACGAGGACAAGGGUCUGCUCGGAGAUCCCAACUUUAGCAACCUUCUCAGCUCUGCCACGGCUGUCUUUGACUACACGCCCAAGAUUGGAACCGAGAUUCACGGAGUCAACCUGGCCAAGUUGACCGACGCACAGAAGAACGAUCUGGCUCGUCUGAUCGCAGUUCGCGGGGUGGUCUUCUUCCGGGCCCAGGAUGACUUUGACAUUGAAGCUCAACGUGAGCUGGGACGGUACUUUGGGACUCUGCACAAGCAUGCGACUACUGCUGUUCCACGGAGGAAAGGUUUAGAAGAUGUCCAUGUGGUUUAUAGCGUGGAGAACUCUGUUGACCAGCGUGCCCUCUAUGCGCCAAGCUUCUUGUGGCAUUCAGAUGUGUCCUACGAAGUGCAGCCUCCCUCGUACACCUCUCUGAAGCUUCUUACGGGACCUACUCGCGGUGGCGGCGGUGAUACUGUGUGGUCCUCGCAAUAUGCCGCAUACGACGCACUGUCGCCUCACAUGCAGACGUAUCUCAAGGGCUUGACGGCCUUGCACUCGGCAGAAAUGCAAGCAAACGACUCGCGGGCGCUAGGUCGGCCCGUUCGACGCGAGCCCGUGACAACAGAACACCCUCUCAUCCGGACCAACCCCGUGACAGGGUGGAACGCGCUGUUCUUUAAUCCGGGCUUCGUCACCAAGAUUGUCGGAGUCCCCAAGACGGAGAGCGACGCCAUCAUCAGGUAUCUGACAGAAGUCAUCACCACUACACAGGAGAUGCACGUCCGCUUCCAAUGGGGCAAGAAUGACGUCGCGUUCUGGGACAACCGCUCCACAGUCCACACCGCAACUUACGGCUUUGCGCCCCAUCGUCGUCACGCUGUGCGCGUUGCUCCCCAGGCAGAGCGUCCUUACCUGGAUCCAAACGGUAAAUCCCAGGAGGAGGAGCUCGCUUCUCGUUACAACCUGCCGAAGGUGAACAAGGACGGGUCGCGUCAAUCGAACUACAAUGACUGA